AGUCUGUUUGGACAGAAAUACAGAAAGCAUUACGACAGUCACAUUUUCUUUUGUAAAAACCCUACAGAUACCAUUCACACAGAAAGGACAGCAUUUCUAGCAGUGGGCACUUGAAGUAUGUGUCUGCUGUAAUACAGGAAUUUUCGCUGGGGAGGCACAUUGGCUCGCUUCCCUCACACUUCCAAGGUUAAACAAGACUGAAACCAACAACUUUGAGAAAACAUGGGAGACACAUUAAACCAAAAUGCAACUGCAAACUCUUUCGUGCGUCCUCAGUAUUUUUUCAUCACUGGUUUUUCUAACAUACCUCAUGCUCAGUACUACUUCAUAUUCUUGUGUUUGGUUUAUGUGGUCACUGUCUUGGGGAACUCCUGUGUCACACUCAUUAUUUAUGUAGACCGUUCUCUUCACACCCCAAAAUAUAUGGCUAUUUUUACAUUAGCUGUAGCUGACUUGGGAGAGAGUACUGCUGUUCUUCCCAAUGUGAUUAAUGUCUGUCUUUUAAAUAUACAUCAAAUAACAUAUGAGGCCUGUGUGUCUAACAUGUUUUUUAUAUAUUUUUUUAGUUCAGUGCAAUCUGUCAUGCUUACUGUUCUGGCAUAUGACAGGUUUGUAGCAAUUUGCUUCCCACUGAGAUACCACAGCAUUGUCACAAACACAACAAUGGGCAUUAUUCUCACUGUGGGAUGCAUAUUUAAUGUUGUGUUUGUAAUGAGUGCAGUGCUAUUGGUUACUAGGCUGUCUUUCUGUAAAUCCAUAGUGAUUGACAGCUAUUUCUGUGACCAUGGGCCUCUAUACAGAAUGGCUUGCAAUGAUAACCUGCCGAAUUAUACAAUGGCAAAAUUAUUCACAAUAUUAUAUUUUCUUCUACCAUUGUCUCUGAUUUGUUUAUCUUAUGUAUGUAUUUUGUUGGCGCUGUUUAAAAUUGCAUCAUGGGAAGGACGUCUAAAAGCCUUAAAGACCUGUUUUUCCCACCUAAUAUUAGUAUCAGCAUAUUAUUUUCCAAUAUUGGGCAUUUACAUAGGUGCAAUGGCCGGUUCUGUCCACCGCAAUGCAAGGAUCAUUAAUAUAUCGCUUUCAUAUGCCAUUCCUGCCAUGCUGAACCCCAUUGUGUAUUCUCUGAAUACUGCGGAGAUCAAGGACUUUGUAAAAAGAAGUUUCAGAAGAAAAAAAUACAAAAACACAGUAACUGGAACAAAUAAUUAGUCAACUGACUGGUUUUAGAUAUUAAUAAAUCUAUAUAUCAUUAAUAACUGUCUUGGCUUACUUUUUUUCUAGAUUUUUGUCAUACAUUAUUAACAAUUUCUGUAAAGGUGGCUUUUAGUAAGAGAUUUCUAAAU